AUGAAGUUGGGGUCUGAUUCACUUGAUUCAAUUAGUUUUCCUUGGCUUGAUGAUGGUCUGAAUACUUUCUUGGAUGUUCAAACAAACUAUGUGAAUGAUUAUGUCCAUGCCACAUCCAUGAAGAGUCCUGUCAACCUCCCAUUUAAAAAAUAUGCGAUAAGGAAUGGUAGAGAGUGUAAGAAGAAAGAAAAUAGUAAUGAGGUUAAUUCUACAAUGCAAAUUGUUGAGAAUGGUUCGGUGGAUGUCCUAAUAUGUCCUCCUGAAGUGUUUGUUUUUUGUUGUAAUAACCAAUCUGCUGAGGGGUUGAGUGGCUGUCCCACAUCAGCCACAAGGGCACCAUGAAGCAUUCAAGUAGUCAGGAACAAGGGAUGGGGUCUCCCUUGUCCCCUUUUGGAGCUGAACCAACAUUCAUCUUAGACCCUUUACUUGUUUUUCUUUGCUGUUUAUGUUUGUUGCUUGUUUCUUUCAAAUUUUUUAUGUGUUAUGUCAACGUGAGGUGUGGAGGUGUUGUUAAGUGGUUUGAGGGGUGUAUAAUCUUUGGUUGGCGUUUUGGUCUGGAUUCUCCAAUCUGCUGGUGGGCGGUGCAUAUUACAAGUUU